GGCCCAUUAUAUAUACCCACAAUAUCUCCCCACCCAUCUUGUCUUUGCUUCAUCACUUCCUUUCUUGGGUUGUUCUUCACUCCUCUCUCAUAAUUAAGGAAUUUUCAUCUGUUUCAGGAGGUGGACCCAAGCUGUGAAAAUCUCUCUCUCUCUCUCACUCUCUCGCUCUCUCUCUCGCUUAGGGUUUCUGACAAGAAAUUCAGUCGUACUCACAAUAAUGGACAAAGAAGGGACUUACUCGGCCGCCUUGCCAGUGAAUUUUCCGGUGCCGGACUACUCUCUCGACCAGCACCAGCCGCAGUUCAUGAGGCCGCCGAUGAUGGGCGAAACAUCCGCCGAUAACGCCAACCAAAUGGUCGAUUACAUGCUCAACAAUCCACAGCCACACCAAAUUUCGUCCAUUGAUAAGUUGAGCUUCGUGGACGGGAUGCAGUUCGCCGAUUUCGGACCAAAGCUGGCUCUGAAUCAAUCCAACAACGUCUCGGAAAGCGAACAGGCGAUAGAUCCGGUUUGCUUCUUGAAGUUCCCGGUGUUGAACGAUAAGUUGCAGGAAGAUCAUCAGUCGACUCUAAUGGUGGCUUCAGAUGGUGUUUAUGAAGAGAGUUCUAGAGGAAAGUGGAGGGAAGGGUUUGAAGUUGACGAAGACGCUAGGGUUUCUCAGACCACGCCGGCAGAGCUUCGGAUUCUCAGCGAGAACGCCGGCAAUAGCCCCGUGACGGAGGUGAAGAACAAGAGAAAGCGGCCGAGAACGACCAAGACGAGCGAGGAAGUCGAAAGCCAGAGGAUGAUUCAUAUUGCAGUUGAGAGAAAUCGGAGAAAGCAAAUGAAUGAGCAUCUUCGUGUGUUGAGAUCUCUCAUGCCCGGCUCAUACGUCCAAAGGGGAGAUCAAGCAUCCAUAAUAGGAGGAGCCAUAGAGUUUGUAAGAGAGCUGGAGCAGCUCCUCCAAUGCCUGGAGUCCCAGAAGCGGCGGCGGCUCUACGGGGACCCGCCGCGGCCGGCUGGAGAAUCUUCCCUGCCGAUCCCACAGCCCCAGGCUCCUCCGCCGCCGCCGUUCCCCCUAGUGGCGCUUCCAAACGACCAGCUGAAGCUGGUAGAGCUGGAGACCGGGCUCCACGAGGAAACCGCCGAGAGCAAGUCUUGCCUGGCGGACGUGGAGGUGAAGAUGGUAGGGUUCGACGCCAUGAUCAAGAUCCUCUGCCGGAGAAGGCCCGGCCAGCUUGUUAAGACCAUCGCCGCCCUCGAAGAUCUGCAGCUCUCUAUUCUCCACACCAACAUUACUACCAUCGAGCAAACCGUUCUCUAUUCCUUCAAUGUCAAGGUUGGGGGCGAAGCGAGGUUCACAGCUGAGGAUAUAGCGAGCUCGGUUCAGCAAAUCUUGAAUUUUAUCAAUGCCAACAGCACCAUGUGAUGGGCAUGCAUUCAUGCAUUGAAGUAAGGGAAAUUAACAUUAAUUAUCAUUCCAGAGUUAUCACUUACUUAGCUCUACUCUCUCUCUCUCUCUCACACACACACAUUAGAUGUCGCCACUUAUAUGAAUUCCUCGUCUUUUUCUAAGGAUUUUGCUAAAUUCUUAAGGGGUUUACUCUUCUUCUUCUUCUAUUGUAAUUUUUUUAUCAUCUUAUUCUUAGGAUGAAUUAUGAAAUUUGAGCCAAAUAAUUACUGAUACUGUGAAUUCAGUCCGCAACUGACUUUGUAAUUCAAUUCU